AUGGGACAAGGACCAUCAUCAGGGAUAAUCAAUGGAUUAAUGGAAGAUACAAAUUUCAAUUUAGAAGAAAUUGAUCGAUUACGUAAACGAUUUAUGAAAUUAGAUCAAGAUGGACUGGGGGAAAUUGAUAAACAAGAAUUCUUACUGAUUCCUGGAGUUCUGUCUAAUCCUUUAGCCACUAGAUUAAUGGAUGUAUUUGAUAUUGAUGGAGAUGGUAAGAUUGAUUUCCAAGAAUUUAUAACUGGAUUAUCUGCAUUUAGUGGGAAAUCAACAACUCAAGAUAAAUUAAAAUUUGCAUUUAGAAUUUAUGAUAUUGAUAGAGAUGGGUAUAUAGGAAAUGGAGAAUUGUUUAUUGUUAUGAAGAUGAUGGUUGGGAAGAAUCUACAAGAUGCUGAAUUACAACAAAUUGUCGAUAAGACCAUGAUGGAAGCUGAUUUAGAUGGAGAUGGGAAAUUGAAUUUUGAAGAAUUUAAAAAUGCCAUUGAUACAAAAUCAAUUGCAAAUACUUUAACCCUUAAUAUGUUUUAG